GCCACAGACUGUCGCCUUCAUAAUGUCUUCAAUGACUUUCUUAUGUUGUCCAAUACGCAGUUCAUAGAGAAUAGAGUAUAUGAUGAAGAAGUGGAAGAGCCUAUUCCUAAAGCUGAUGCUGGAGACAAAACAGAGCAGGAAAAGACACGGGAACAGAAAGAAGCUGAUCUGAUCCCCAAAAUCCAAGAAGCAGUGAAUUAUGGGUUGCAAGUUUUGGACAGUGCGUUUGAACAGCUAGACAUCAAAGCAGGCAACUCUGACUCAGAAGAGGAAGAAAGUAACGAAAGGGUGGAACUGAUUCUUGAGCCAAAGGAUCUCUAUAUUGACAGGCCUUUACCUUACUUGAUUGGCUCUCAGCAGUUUAUGGAACAAGAUGAUGUUGGCCUUGGAGAUCUCUCUAGUGAAGAAGGAUCAGUAGACAGUGAUCGUGGAAGUGUAAUUGACAGUGAAGAGAAGGAUGAAGAGGAAUCAGAUGAUGAAUUUGGAAACCCUAGUGAAGAUGACCAAAAGACGAGGACAGCACAGAUGAGUGAUGAAGAUGAUUAUGAUGGCUGUGAUCUCUUUGACUCUGAAAAAGAGGAAGAUGAGGAUGGAGACUUAGAUGAAAGCACUAGGCCUAAAAAGAAGAGGCCAACAUCAUUUGCAGAUGAGCUGGCAGCCCGAAUCAAAGGAGAAGUACCAGUCAAACAGGAUGAAGAGCGUUUGUCCCUGUCACAAGAGACCAAAACAAGGAAAAUGCUGAAAGAGAAGAAAGAAGUGAGAGUUCCAUCGGAUGAUGAAGAUGAUGACAUCUUCAAGCCUCCUAAGUUGACUGAUGAAGACUUCACACCCUUUGGGUCUAGGGGUGGCCUCUUCAGUGGUGGAACAGGUCUCUUUGACGAUGAAGAGAGUGAUCUUUUUGCUGAAGCACCAAAAGGAGAAGAAACAAAAGAGAGAGAGGAACGAGUCCCAGUAAGUGAAGGAGGAAGUGAUGUGUUUAGUUCCACUGUAAUUGUGGAAAAAGACAAGAAACCUGCAACACAGAGCAUAGAGAAAACUCCUAAACAGCCUGGGAAAGUUCUUCUGUUUGAUGACGAUGAUGACUUCUUUGUGGGAGCAACUAAAAAGCCUCCAGAUUCAGUGAAGUCCACAGCUGACCUAUUUGAUGAUGAUGAAGAAGGUGACCUAUUCAAGGAAAGACCUGCCAUUCCUCCUGUGGUUGCUGGCACAACUAAAGAAACAGAAAACCGUAGGGAGACAGUCAUGGAAAAAAAGAGUCAAACAUCUUCAGGUGAGGACCUCAAGCCUUUAUCUGAAAUGCCUCCAAGAAAACAGAGGGGCCUCUUCUCUGAUGAGGAGGAUUCUGAAGACUUGUUUUCAUCAAGUAAAACCAUGAAGUCCAAAGCUACAUCUCUCCCCAUCAGCAAGUCCAUGACAAAAGCUCCACUCUCCUUGUUUGAUGAUGAUGAUGAAGAUCUCUUUGGUGUGGUACCUGCCAAGAAGCAACAGGAAAAACCCCCAGAAGAGAAAGCGAAACAGUCAGAGCCACUCAAGAAAGCCUCCAGUUUAUUGUUCAGCAGUGAUGAGGAGGAACACUGGAAUGUCUCCAAGCCAGCUAAACUUCCUUCUGAAGAUGACAGAAAAGAGGACCCUGCAAAACCAGCUAGCACUGUCAGUCAGGCUAAAGCUGUGAAGAAGACGAGCCUCUUUGAGGAAGAGGAUGAGGAGGAUUUAUUUGCAAUCACUAAAGAGAGCCAAAGAAAGCCACAGAAGGUAUCGUUGUUGUUUGAAGAUGAUGCUAUUAAUGGAGAAUCGCUCUUCAGCUCCCAAUCAACGCUACUUCCUUCAGCUGCUAAGGCUGCAGUGGAGAAAGUAAAACCAGCACAAGCACCACCUUUCUUUAAUGAAGAAGAAAAGGAGGAAAAGCAAGAUCUGCCAGAUAGAGCAGCGAAGUCUAGCCAGCUAGAAGAUACAUUGUGGUGUUUAGAAGAGCCUGGAGCAGUUCCUGUGCCUAGAGGAACAGAUGUUGCAUGGCAGCAAACAAAGGAAAAACCUUUUGCAGCAACAUCCUCCGAGCCGGCCAGCAGUUCAGAUCUGUUUGCAACAUCACCACCAGCUCUGGAGAAAGAUGUCAAGACCCAAGCUAAGAAAGUGUUAAGCUUGUUUGAGGAAGAAGAAGAGGAGAGACUGGAAGACGAUGAUGGCAUUAAAAAUGCACAGAAAGAAAUUGGUGUGGCUUCCAAGAAAAGUACUCGGCCAAAAAGCACUGGAGUCUUUCAAGACGAAGAGCUCCUCUUCAGUCACAAACUUCAGAAGGACAAUGAUCCAGAUGUCGACCUCUUUGCCAGCCCCAAGAAGUCAAUGUCUGCAAACCGUACCCUGAAGCCAUCAUCUGGAGGAGGGCUUUUUGGGGAUGACGAUGAGGAUGAUCUCUUCAGUACUGCUAAAACAAACCUUCCGAAAAUAGCUGAGAAGACGACACUUAAGGCCAGUGCCGGCCCUUCCUUGGAGAGCAGUACCCUUCUAGAAAAUGCUUUAAGUGCCAAACAAGAUGAAGCUCUGAAGGCAGUAACUACAGAGGCUAACUUAGCUAUUAACCCUGCAGCCUUACUACCUGGUGCAAUGUCUAAGGUCUCCAAUGUAAAGUCCCCCUUACCAGUUCUGGACACUCCAUUGCAUGAGCCCAAGGAUGUGCAGAACAGCGAAGCCUUUUCUGCUGCAGGAAGCAAUGAAGAACUAGGUGUAAGCUUUGAUCAGCCUAUGCAAGCGGAUACCUUGCACAGCGCCAAUAAGACCAGGAUCAAGGUUACAGGAAAACGAAGACCUCCUAGCAGAAUGGCCCGCCGUCUAGCUGCCCAAGAGUCUGAAGAGAGUGAGGAGGUGGACAGUGCUAAAGAAUCACAGUUCUCUCUACCAAAACAGACGUCCGCAAUAGUGAACAUAAAGGAGCCUCUUGCUGCUGAAGCAGAGUCCAAGGAAAACGGUUUUCUCUCUGGCUUGUCACUAACAGCUCAUGGCAGCAUUUUGUCUGCUGGGACAAACAAACUCCUUCCUCCAGAAUCCACAGACCAAGGGGAUGAUCUGUUUGAAUCAGAAGACCUUUUUGCAAGCAGCUCAACAUCCAGACCAGCUGCACAAUCAAAGUUAAAGGAGGGAAUGCCAGACAGUGUGUCUAACAAACCGAUCAAAGGCAGGGAGAAAAAGCCUGAUCUUUCUGUUCUGGGUGAUCAGGGCAGCAAUGAUCUCUUCCAGCCUGUACAGCAAAAAUCUUCAACAAAAAGCAGCCCUAUACCUUUUUUGGAGGAAGAACAAGACUCUCUCUUCACCUGUCAGAAAACUGGAAAAAGGGAUUUGAAAUCUGCUGUCCGGCAAGCUGUUGACCCUACUGCCCAAGAUAUCUUUGAGGAUGAUAUAUUUGCUACUGAGGCAAUUAAACCAAUGAACAAAACAAAAGAGAAAAUGCCAGAGACUAACCUGUUUGAUGAUAACAUUGAUAUUUUUGCGGAUCUCACCGUAAAACCAAAAGAAAAGAAGACCAAGAAAAAGGUGGAACAAAAAUCCAUAUUUGAUGAUGAUAUGGAUGAUAUCUUCUCUAGCAGCCAAGUCAAGAUACCCACUCCCAAAAGCAGAUCUUUCCAAGCAGCUUCAGAAGCAAAAUCUGAAAGCAAGACACUGAGUACAUUUGAUGACCCACUGAAUGCCUUUGGAGGCCAGUAGCCAAGGGAAGUUGUUGCAGAGAGGAGGCCUUCCUUAUGCCCUGUCCAGUAGUAACACUCUGGAUUCUCUAAUCCAGUCAAGCUGAGAUGAGAUGGCUGUGGAUAUUUAAAUGAGAACUGAUUUUAAAUGGUAGUAUUCUCUUGUUCUGGGUCUAAUUGUGCUAAAUGUUAUAUUUAAAAAAAAAAAAGACAAUAACCUCCUGCUAUUGUGUUUCCAUGAUGCCCAGAUGAAUAUAGCCUGUGCAAUACCUGCAAUGAAGUAAUCUAUUAUACAAAGUAUAGUUUGUUUUACUGAACAGAUCUAUAGAGAAAAUAAUUGCUAAAUAGUAAAUGGAGUCUGUUUAAACCA